AUGAAUGAGCCAAUCAUUUUUAAUGAUGGUCUUGAUGAAAAAAUUAAAAUUUUGAGUGAAAAACAUGAUCAAACCAUUGAAAAUAGCAAAAAAGAUUUAUAAACUCUAAAAGCUGUUUUAGAUGAGCAAGCUAUAGGUCUUGAUCUGCAAAUUAAAGACUUUGAUACCAAAGUUGAUGGUCUUGAUAAAAAAGUUGAUGGGCUUGAUAAGCAAGUUAAAGGACUUGAUGUUAAAGUCAUUAGAAUUCAAGAUGACAUGGAAUUUAUCAAGAGCUCUUUGACCUAAUUACUUAAAAAAUAUAAUCAGUGA